AUGAAUACAAUUAUGUUGUCGGAUACUUGUCAUUCCGUCAAUGGUCUCUAUACUCUUGGAAAAACAAUUGGAACUGGCCAUUUUGCUGUCGUCAAACUUGCUCGACAUGUCUUCACCCAAAAGGAAGUGGCAGUGAAAGUUAUUGAUAAACAUAAACUAGAUGAUAUAUCAAAGGCGCAUUUAUUUCAAGAAGUUAUGUGUAUGAAAUUAGUUCAACAUCCCAAUGUUGUUCGUCUAUACGAAGUUAUCGAUACACCUAGCAAACUGUAUCUGAUUUUGGAACUGGGCGAUGGAGGUGAUAUGUAUGACUACAUUACCAAACAUGUUAAUGGUCUUAAUGAAUCGUUAGCACGCCGAUAUUUUUGGCAAAUAUGUCGAGCGUUGAAAUACUGUCAUGAAAUGCAAGUUUGUCAUCGUGAUUUGAAACCGGAAAAUUUAGUUUUCUUCGAGAAACAAGGCGUUGUGAAAUUGACCGACUUCGGUUUCUCCAAUCAAUUUACACCCGGUAAAAAACUUCUGACUAGUUGCGGAUCUUUAGCAUAUUCAGCACCGGAAAUCUUACUCGGUGAUCCGUAUGAUGCAGCAGCCGUUGAUAUCUGGAGUUUGGGUGUGAUUUUAUUCAUGCUUGUGACUGGCCGGGCGCCAUUCCAAGAAGCUAAUGAUUCCGAAACAGUGAUGAUGAUUCUUGAUUGCUCCUACAAACUUCCCUCUACUGUUUCAACCGAAUGUCAGCAUUUAAUUCAUCGAAUGAUUGUACGCGAAUCAGAGAAACGUGCGACACUCGAUGAAGUCAUGUCGGACCUCUGGCUUCAUCUACAUACAUCCGACGAAGAUGGCGACGAUGAAGAUGAUGAUGAACAGAAUGAAAUUGAAUCAUCGCGGUUCAUAUCGGAAGAUGAACAUCAAUCGAUUCUUCAACAAAUGAUCACUGGAAAUAUCGCAGACAAAGACACUAUACUACAAGCUUUAAACGAAGGACGAUAUAACUACAUAACAGCAACAUACUAUCUCCUUGCAGAAAACCUUGCACAAUAUAAAAUCGUCAAUCGGGAGCGAAAUGUCAAGCGACAGCGACGAACAUGUCAACCAAUAAAUGUUUUAACUAAUGAACAGAUCGGUGUUUACAUAUCUCCAUCUUCCAAUUUUAAAUUUGAUGAUGUUUCCCUACCACGAACAAGACGAAAUUCACUUGAUGAGAAUGAUGACGAUAUCACUGGAAAAGAAAAUACAGCGCCAUUGGUGAUAACUCCGAGACAUUCGAUCGAUUCGACAAAUGAUCUUCCGUUCUCAGCAUUGAUUGAAGAUGACGAAGAACGACCUACAGUGCAACAACGUACACCAAGUGCAAACAUACCGACAACGCCAGCACAAACGAUGAGAAUGAUAUUAGAAGAAGAUGAAAAUCCUGAACCAUCACCGACCGAUAAAUCCGACAUGACAAAGCACCAAAUAACCAAUAUACCGAAAUUACGAAAGAUUGUCGAAAGUGGAGACGAAGACAAUCAAUCUUCUAUAUCGACCACAACAGUUCGUGUCGAGAAUCCGACAACAACCAGUGGAAUUCUUCGUUCGAAAGAUCUACGAUCUGUUAUCGAAACACGUCGACGAAAUUUUAGUCGAAGUCAUUCCAGUUCUGAUAGCGAAGAUAAUAGUAGCCUCUACGAAAUAAGUCGCGCACCAAAUCGGAAACAAACACGUUCGCCAGGUUCAUUUCAAGAAAUCGAAUCGGCAACAAAUUCCCGUGGAAGAUCAAUGAGCAAUAUCGAACACGUCCUAAACGACAUUCCUUCAUCUAAUACUCAACAACAGAUCAUUUCGACGAAUAGUAAUGAUUAUCUGAAACGCAAAAGUUUCUCGCGUGCAAGUUCAACGUUAUCGACAAAUCGUUUGUUAUUAGUUAAUGCAAAUGAUGACAAUAAUUCAGAUACUUUAGCGACAAGUAGUUCUAUUGUCACGAAUGAUCGAUCGCGCAGCUUAUCUGUCGAUCAUCGACUUACUAAUCAUUCUCAAUUUUCCAUUGCUUCACGAAUAUCGAUACGAUAUUCUACGCCACGUGAGUCAACCGUAUUUACAAAAACCGAUGCGCCAAUGAUUGUACGUUUACUACAACAAAGUCAUCAUCAGGAUUCGAAUGAUGCCAUCAAAACCAUCAUUGAGCAUCAACGUUCACGUUCGAUCUCGUUAAAUCAAGAAAAUCAACAAACACCUGUUAUCAUUGAAGAAGAUAUCACAUCACCAUCAUCGCCAAUAGCAUCGACGAAAUCGAAUCGAAAUUCGAAAUCUCCUAUUAUCAAAAAGAUCAGUAGCGGCGUAACCAAAUCGAAUAUAAUUGCUCCGACUAUCGAACGUGUGAAUGUCGGUCACGCCCAUGACUCAUCAUCAUCUUCACAACAUUCAGUUCUGUCAACAUUGAAAUGUUCGCUCAUUAAACAUCAACAACAACGAAAAACGCUUGUUGAAGAUGCAUCGAACUCGAGAGAAAGAAAAAACAAGCAUUCAAGAAGCAAACAUCGAGCAUGUUGUACGAUUGCUUGA